AUGUACAGUGACAAAUCUAUUCAAUAAGCUUAAGAAGAGGAGAGCUUGUCUCAGUUGUGGGCGCGGCCUGUGGGAGCGCCGGGGCGCACCCUUCACAGCAGAUAUCUCAUCAAUACAACGCUUUUGGGUACAUUCAGUCAGUACUUCGAUCUCUCAAGGAUCGACUAUCAUCCAUCAUCAAUCAAGCGGCAGAGGUGCGUACGGAGCACCGGGCCGGACGGAUAAUAAAGAACGCUAAAGCUGAGACGGCUCACAGGAGGCGAUUAUUGUCAGAACCCAAUCAUACUGAUUCUCUUCUAAUUCUAUUUACUUCUCAUGCCACUAUUCCACUCCUACUUUGCACUCCUUCUUUAGCCUAUUACCCUCUACGCCGGAUCCCAGCGCCUGAUCGAGACUCGGUUGACACGUUGGCUUGGGUUGAAGUCGCGCGCCUCGCGGGCACUCGUCUCUCUUCCUUCUUCAUCCAUCUUCCAUCCUCGAUCUUGCGCUCGUACUCAACCCCUUGAGUCGGGAUCCAGGUCAGUCCUUUUGCAAUGCUUGAUCCAUCUUCCAUCCUCGAUCUUGCGCUCGUACUCAACCCCUUGA